GCCUUGUUGCCUGAAGACAAGCCAUGGUCAAUCGGAUCACCACUUGGCAGGCAAUUCUGAUGUACUGGAGCGUUGCGAACAGCAACCUCAAGCAUUGCCGUGAGGAUUUGCAGGGGGGAAAUCAAGAAAACCGGCAGAUACAAUUUGCUCAUCAGGUCAGCCGUUGCUUUUCUAGCAGCUUACUCUGGAGAUGAGGGGGGCGAAGUAGUAGGACCUCGUUCACAGUCACGGCACGCGGUGCUGCCUCUGGUGUUUCCCGGUGAUCUGGUCGGGAGCCAAUCAGAUGCUUCGAGCUGUUUCCUUCCCGGAACGGGACUCGAAUACGGACGCUGCAACAUUGGUUGUAGACCUGGACGGAAGUGUUAAGAGUUGUUGUUCGUCUCCAAUCAGGUUGGGUGACGAUUGUAAGGAAGCUGCAGAAUAAAAAGCUCAUGGUUUCGUGGCCCGAUAAGGACUCCCGACGUAGUAUCUCUCCUGCCGUCGUCUGUCUCCCGUGCCAACGUCAACCUCGAAACCUCACGUAGGGGUCACGAGUCGAGUCGCCGACAUGGCAGGAGUGGAGAGACCGAGCGGAGGGGGAGACGACAAGGAAGACAACUACACGCUGGGGUUCCGGUUCAAGCCGACGCUCCGGGAGCUCGUGGACUUCUACCUCCUCCCCAAGCUGCUCGACAAGCCGACCGUGCCCAACGACGCCGUCAUCGAGGCGGACGCGUACGAGUGCGACCCGGAGAUACUCACCAAAAGGUACGAGGAGAGGGGCGCGGACGACAACUGGUACUUCCUGUCGCCGAGGAGCCGCAGGUACCCGGGAGGGGACAGGCCGACGCGGCGCACGGCAGACAACCGCGGCCGGUGGAAGCCGUCGACGGGCCAGUCGAAGCCAGGGAAGAAGGGCGCGGCGGGCCACUCCAAGGCGAACAAGGGUCCCAGGAAGAACCUCAGCGUCGGCGCGGUCAAGUUCACCGAGAACACCCUCGCCUACUACGCGGGCGAGCCCAAGAACGAGACCAAGACCAAGUGGCUGAUGCAUGAGCUGACCGUCCCGGAGCCCGGGAAAGAGAGAGCUCUCAAGAGCGCGACCCGCGAAAAGCCCAGAGACCACAUGCUGUUGAACAAGUACGUCAUGUGUAGGAUCUACAAGAGCCCGUUGAAAAAAUGGAGAGAGCUCGAGGACGAGGAGGGCAGCAACAGCUCCGCCCCCGCGUGUGACGAGGAGGCGCCAACCUCGUCGCAGCCCGGGCCGGCGCCGGAGAGCGUCGCGGAGACGUCAUCCCCGCGGGCGACGUCGAGCAAGAGCGCGGGCAAGAGGCCCGCGGUGGUGCAGCCGAGCAGGCACGCCAACGCGCCGAACAAGCGGGUUUCGUCCCGGCAGAAUCUGCCCCCGGGACCGCCACGGCCCACGAAGCACGCGAACGGCGGCGGCGGCAUGCGAGCGCCGCCGGCCGGAGUCGGAGCAGCAGGGUACUACCACGGCGUACCAGGGCUGCCCCCGCUGAUGCAGUGGCCGCCGCCGCCGAUGUACACCAGCAUGCAGGGACCGGUGCAGCUGCAGCGGCCGCCGUUGACGAACGGGCCCCACGGGCAGGGGCCGCCGGUGCUGAGGCUAUGCCCGCCGCACCGGGCCGCCGCUGCAACCGUCCCCAACUCUCUUGGUCGGACGGCGAUGAUGCGUCCACCGAACCUAGCAGCCAGACAGCCGCCGCCCUUCUCGCGACCGCCACCAGGGCAGCUGCAGCUGCAGCCGCAGCAGCAGAUGGAGGACAUGAAAGCGCGCAAAUAGCGAGUGUUGCAGCUGCUGCUAGCUGAACUGAAAUCACAGCAGGGCAGCGCGUCUUUCGCAGGGCAGCAACAUGUCAGGCCGGCGGCGUCCACACAGCCAGCAUGCUUCGAGGAGGGUGCCAAUCUCGAUCAUCCUGCGGGAGCACAAGCCAUGGUCCCUUGCACCCAGUUUCCGGUGCCUCUCAACUUCUACCCUUGCAGCGGCGUCCAGCAGCAGCAAUCUAGUCCGGCGAUCCCAGCUGCCAGCGCCGCUGGGCCAGUAGAUGUAGAGGCGACGCCGGCGGCUGACGACGCGCCCGGUAAGCUGGCGGUGCCGGGAGAUGCGAACGAAGGAAGCGCGAAGGGAGACUGCUACGGCUAUAGCAAUCAACUUUUUGAAGAAUUCCUCGCCGGCGAUUCGGGCCAUGUAAAGAAUUGAAGAUAGACCUUGGACGACUCCGAGUCUCACAACUUCGGUCGAGACCCCGAGUUUGUCAUAUUUUGGUUAGCAGGGGGUUUGCGAGUUCAUCUUCCUUCUUUUCUUUUGGAACCAGAGAAAUCCUCCAAUUAGGAAACAGAUACGGUCAUUAUUUU